UUCUUCUUGAAGUUUUUCUUGAAGUGUAACCAGAAUUGUCUGAAGACAGCAGGAAACCCAAGGGACAUGAGGAGAUUUCAGGUAUGGAGAGUAGGAGAGAGAGAGAGAAAGAGAGAAAGAGAGAGAGGGGUUUGUGUAUGUGUGAGAGAGGGAGAACGUGUGUGCAGCAUACAUGAUGUUGAAAAUAGCCAUUUUAUGGUUAUCUAAAAUAAAAUAAAAACUAUCCCACCUUUCCUCCCACUCUACUUUCACAAAGAGGGAAUUAUUUCGUUCAGGGUCUGCCCAGGUAUAGUUGGAAUCACAUUUCUCCAUACCGUAGCCUGAAGCACUGCUUGGACGUUUUCCAAUGGAAGGAAUGGAGGGGAAAGUUAAAGGUGAAAGUAAAAAAUCUACAGUGAAACAAAGAGGGAGAGAUGGAAAGAGAAGGGAAAAGGGUGUACUGGGGGGGGGGGGGGGGGGGGACAAGGGGGGAAGGCGGCAGGAAGAAAUAGGGUGAGGUGUUUCAGGAAGUUGUCAAGAAUUGAGUGAUUGGCUCAGAUGGGGGAGGUCAUGCUCAGUGACCAAGGAAGUGGUCACAGGGGGACAACCGCUUCACUUCCUCUGGCGUUUCAAGAACCGGAGCCCAAGGGUGGCCAGGGGAUAGCGAGCUCCCUUUUCGUUUUUUGUUGGGGGGUGGGGAAGGAAAAAUAAGGAAGGAAGGGAAGGGGAAACUCCCGUUACCCUUUUGGGGGGGGAAGGGGGCCCGGGCGGGGGGAAACUUUUUGGGGGUGUCCGUUGGUUUUUUUUAGGGGAGGGGGGGGGGGGCCGGGAGGGAGGGCGGGACCCAAGGAGGGGGGCGGAGGGGGAAGGGGUCUUUUUUCCCCUUUUUCUCUUCUCUUUUUUUUUCUUUCUUCCUUUUUUCUUCUCUCCGGAUUCUUGCCCCCCCCCUUAUUUUCCCUGUCCCACCUUUUUUUUUAAAUCCUGCGCUUAGCAGCGGAAGUUAGGCGGGCGGCCGCCCCGAGGCCCCCCGGGGAAAAGGCGAUUAGCGCUGGAAAAGGAGCCCGGUUUAUGCGUUGAUCGAAAAUUACUGUUAUUUCCAUAGAUCCCCACCCCCCCAGUCAACCACUACAAGCACAUCUGAUUUCUCUCUUUUCUUUCCUUUUUUGCGUUUUGUCCCGAGUUCUUAAAAUUUUAGCCGCGAUUUUUGAAAAUUUUUUUUAUCUUUCUUAAAACCCUUUUUUUUUGUAAGCUUAUUUAAAAAUUAAAUUAGUCUUUAGCACCAAAAACAAACCCGCCCAUACACCCCUUAGUUUAAACCCUUUUAAAACCCCGGGGCCAAAACACACAGACCCAAAGGGGAAAAAACCCAAAAAAAUUUUGAGAGCCCCAUGGUGAAAGAAAUCCUUGGGAAAAAACCCCAAAAAAUUUUUGGGACAGUCAAUUGGGCCCACCCAAAUACCUAAAUUUUGGCCAGUAAAAAAAUCACCAAGCUUGGGGGGAAGGGGGGAAGGGGGGGCCCCCGGGGGGAGACCAAAAUAAAAAUUAGGAGGGGAAAGGGGGGAAAAAAAGGGAGGAAGAAGGGGGGGGGGGAUUUUGGAAAAAAAAAAGGGGAUCAAACCUUUAGAAAAAUACCCGGAUGUUGAAAAAAUUUCCGGGGUUUUCAGGCCUUCCCCCAAAAAUGAAAUAACCGGGGUUUAGUUUCCCAAUAAAAUCCCCCGGGGUCCCUCCCCCGUUUUUAGGGGGCCGCCCGAUUUUAGGAGAAGGCCAUUCGCCGGCACAAACAGGUUUUAAAAAAACUCCCAAAAAGGGGAAGGAACCCGCGGGUACUGGGGUCGUGGGGGGAAAAAAACCCCUAAGAAGGAAAAACUACCCAAAAGGGGGGUUUAAAAUCAGGGAAAAAACAUCCCGAAAAUUUGGUUUCAAUCUUGAAAACACUUUGGGACAAAAAUUUAAAAAAGGGGUUUUUAAAAUAAUUUUAGUUAUUGAUACUCGACGGUAACCCAAAAACUAGGGGGGAAAUGAAAAGCCCAAAACAUUGCCCGGAUGGAGGAAAAUUUAAAAGCGAUGUUUUGCCCCCCCUUAAAAACUCGCCCCAAAGGGGGGGGGAACCCGGGGGAACCCCCCAUUGGGGGGAAAUUCUUUAAAAUAUGGUGUUUUACCCCCGGGGAAAAGGGGGAAAGGGGGCCCGUCUGUCUCUUUAAAAAAAAACUCAUUUAAUUUUUCUGAUUAAAACAUGGGAAGGAGCAAAAGCUAUCUUUCUAUUAGAAAAAAAAUUUUUGGCCCUUCAUGUUCAAAAAGUGUUUUUUUCCCCCCUCUUGAAAAAAGGCCCCGGUCACCCCCCCCUGGGGGUUUUUUACCCCCCGUUACAGGGGCCCCCUGAAAGGUAACCCCUGUUUUUUUUUUUUUUUUUCCCCGGGGGCCCCACCCUUUACAAAAAAACUUUUUCCGGGGCAACCAAAAACUUUCCAAGGGAAAACAAUCAAAAACCCAGAAAAUUUUUUUGAAACCAUCCAAAACCCUUUGAAAAGAAAACGGGGAAAAGGCCCAAACGAAAUGGGUUAAAAGUAGGUUUGUUAAAAACAUGAAAAACCAAAAAGUCCCCCAAAAGGUUUCAAAGGGGAUUUCGCCCGGGGACCUGAAAAAGGGGGCCCGGGUGAAAUUGAAAACAAACAAAAUUUCGUUUUAAAAAAUCCCCCUUUUCAUAAAGUAAACCUUGAACAAGAGGAUUUUUUUGUUGGUGAGGAACGUGGAAAAGCGACUGGGGCCUGUGGCCCCCCCCGCCCGGUAGGGGGUGGUCCACCCGCAUGAAUAACCCUUUAAAACUUCAUUGGGGGGGGGCGGGUUGGAAAGUAGAAAAAAAAUUUGAAAAAGGGUCUUUGGGCCCUGUUGUGAAGCGUUGGAAAACGAACCCCCCUAAGGGUCCAGUUUUUCCCGUGGCAUCCAGUGGCUCGCACUCCCAGUGGGUUGUGAUCACCGCCCAUGCCGUGUCCAACCCUCCACAUCAUCUUUAAUCUAAACAGUUCUGCAAGGGGGCACCUGGACGCUUCAUCUACACAGGUAAACACACACCUCCUAUUAACCCCCCAGCCACAUCUACCCUAUCCAGCAACCAUUCACCAACAACAUAUUAAACAGCACCAUUACAUGGGAUAAGUCAUGAGUCAUGACCUAGUGCUGAUGUAUUUGUGUAUGUGUUUGUGUAUAGCGCUGAAUGAGCCCACCAUAGACUACGGUUUCCAGAGGCUUCAAAAGGUCAUUCCCAGACACCCUGGUGACCCUGACAAACUGGCCAAGGUGAGUGAGAACAUACCACACAUAGUGAGAUGAUGUACAUGCCAUAUGUCACCACACCUCACCUUUGUACAUAAAGUACACACUAUGUAACACCAGAGGCUAAUGCAUGUCUCUCUGUCUGUGUGUAGGAGAUGCUACUGAAGAGAGCAGCUGAUCUGGUAGAAGCCUUGUAUGGAAACCCACACAGUAAUCAGGUAACCAGCACUGUUUAGUCCCUCCGUUCCUCUAAUAAUUCCACUCAUCAAUAACUACUGUUCAUCUGUGAGGUCUGGGUUAGUAACAGUUUGUAUUGUCUCUCUUUAGGACAUGUUGCUGAAGCGUGCAGCGGACAUCGCAGAGGCCCUGUACAGUGUUCCCCGUCCCCACAGCCAGCUGCAGGCCCUGCCCAGCUCCCCAGCCCAUGGCAGUGUCAUGGGCCUGGGCUCAUACCCCUCCCAGCUGGGGGUCAGCAUCGGCGAGCCAGGACAAACCAGCCAGGGUGAGCAGGACUAGACCUACAAUGGGAUUCCCUGUAUUUAUAGAAGUCUGGCCCUUUGAUUUUCUUCUAGUUGGUGAUAUGAUAUCCCCAGUGGGAAAAUCACUUGUAUCUUCCUGUCUUUUCCUAUCCUCUGUCUUUCUUGUUCUAACACUUUGUAUCUCUCUCUCUCUUUGUUUCUCUCUCUCUCGCUCCAGGUUAUAUUCGUAACUCCAGCAGUUUGUCCCCACGGGGGUACCCCUCUGCCUCCACCCCUCAGCAGUCAGGCUAUGGGGGUGGUGGAGGCAUGAGUGGGGGGUACGGGGCAGUGCCCAUGACUAGUCUGGGGGUGCCAGGGUCCCCUGGUUUCAGCAGUGCCUCCCCCACUGGUUCUCCCUAUGGCAGUGAGUGUCUCUCCUCUUACUCAAUCAAUCUAUCCUGUGUUUUCUUCCUGUCCCUGUUACAAUAAAACAUAAUAGCCCAUUAUUGACAAAGGUUGACCAGUGCCUAGAAUGCUUCUGUUAUAAAGUAACAACUGUUAUCAUCUCUCUCUCUCUCUCUCUCUCUCUCUCUCUCUCUCUCUCUCUCUCUCUCUCUCUCUCUCUCUCUCUCUCUCUCUCUCUCUCUCUCUCUCUCUCUCUCUCUCUCUCUCUCUCUCUCUCUCUCUCUCUCUCUCUCUCUCUCAUCCACAGUAAUGCCAUCUAGUCCCACUAUCCCGGGUUCCAGCUCCUCCUCCCUCCUGCCGUUCUCCUCCUUCCCGUCCUCAGCCAAACAGAAGAGCGCCUUCGCUCCUGUCCUCCGGCCCCAGGGCUCCUCCUCUCCUGCCUGUCCUGCCUCAGGAGUCAACAGCUUCAGAGGUAGAACCAAACUACAAUCUUAGAAACAUCUCGUUGUUUGUUAAAAAAAUAAAACUAUUUCUGUAUAAAAACUAAUCCAUGCCCAAAUACACAUAGCUUAGGCAGGCAUGACAAUACAAUAUGUCUGGCUUUUUUUGGGGUUAUAAUAAUGAUUGCCAUUGUCAAGAAUAAGAUUUUAUCUAAAACAUAAUAGAUUAUUACUAUUCUCUUUCUCUAUAGCGAUGACUGGCCUGGUAGUUCCCCCGAUGUAGCAGCACUCCACCAACUCCCAUCCAUCACCUACAAACCAGACCAGACCACUGCUCCAACACUGCUACUCCUCUGCAGGCACUGACAGGGAUAAAUGGAACACACAUUGAUUUCUUGACCACCAACAACUAUCCUCACUGAUGCUCUGCCACUUGUUGAGUCCAUGUUUCAUCCAACUGAAUGAAAGGGAUGGGGACAGAAAGAGUCCAAAGACCAGCCAGUCACUCCAGAAGCAGAGAGAAAAAGACCUCUUCAUCUGCAGUAGCUGUAAAGACAUGAGACUUCCUUGGGCCACACCACAACACAAUGGAGAUCUAUGGGUGUCUCUGCAUUUUGAAAGGACAGCAGAAGUCAACGUCAAGAUGCCUUCACGAGCUUCAAAAGCACUCGUACCACCCAAUGCUACAGCCGUAUGCAGCAUUUGGUUCUUCCAACAAAAACACCUAACCUAAACGGAUCAACCUCUUGGCUAGCAGUGUGCUAGAAGAACAUUUCUGUUGAUGAUUCGUUGUUAGAGCACUGAACUGAAUGGACAAUGGACAACUCUGAUACUAUGUGCUGAAACUCUAUGAAGCAGGGUGCUAUUUGUCUCUGUCAGGACACUGUCAAAGGCAUGUAUGUACAUUAUCCCUGAGAAGACUCAGAGAUUUUGAAGGUGAUUUACAUUCCGGAAUGAUAGACCCUUUAUUUUUUGUUCUGAUCGCCUAGAUUUUACAAGGGCAAACUCUUUGUCCUCCAGGGUUGGUAAUACAAAAUUAAUUCAUAUAUUGAUUUAUUUAAGAAGAAAAAAACAAGCAAUUUAACUUAUUAUUAUAGUUACUUUAGG